AGGUUCUUUGCCGGAAACACAUGCCAGAGGGCUGUGUCUGCUCUUUGCUGCUGUAGUUCCAGUAGACAGCAUCCCUGCCAUGUUCUGACACAGAGAAAGGGUUUCUCAGCUGCUGCACUGUGGCUGGCCAUCUCUGACCACUGGUUCUGCAGCCUGAGGAGAGGAGCUCAUUCCUAAAGCUGCUGCUCACUCCAUUCAUAUACUAAACAUGGCUGAAAUACACGGCGGUGUCCAAAUACCAAUACUUUCGUCCUAAAAAGUAGGCUGUUUUUGAGUAUGUGACAUUUUGAAAAUCAAAUAUACUUGAAAUGCUUGGAUGUCAUACUCAUUUCGGAUUUGACGACAGUUGAUCAUCUGCUGUCAAUUAGAUAUGGUGAUGCCCAACUGAAAUGAACGAAUAGCGGGAACAACGCAAUGACGCAUUCGCUGCACACUUUUUGUGAAUUUCACAGACACAAUGCAUUGGAAGUGGAGGGGCUGCAAGUUUUGAGUAAAUAACUUCGAAGAUUGCGAAUAGCAAAGCUUCUACGGUGGUGUUCAAAUGAUCUACGUGAAGGAGUGUGAGCUGGAGGGGCCUCUAUUACCUGCAUGGGUGAAAAAAGAAGUGGGAGAACCUUAAGCAAAAAUACACAGUAUGCUACUGCGGGAAGUGAUGGCGAGAGCAUUGGGAACUGCCCGUUCUCCCAGAGACUCUUCAUGAUCCUGUGGCUGAAGGGAGUGGUCUUCAACGUCACCACAGUGGACCUGAAGAGGAAGCCUGCAGACCUCCAGAACCUGGCCCCAGGCACACACCCUCCCUUCAUCACCUUCAACGGGGAGGUCAAGACAGACGUCAACAAGAUAGAGGAGUUCUUGGAGGAUGUCCUCAGCCCACCCAAGUUCACCAAGCUUAGUGCCAGACACCCUGAGUCCAACACAGCUGGGAUGGACAUCUUUGCCAAGUUCUCAGCCUUCAUCAAAAACUCAAAACCCAAUGCCAACGAAGGUCUGGAGCGUGGGCUGUUGAAGACCCUGCAGAAGCUGGAUGAGUACCUGCGCUCCCCACUGCCCGACGAGAUCGACCACAACAGCAUUGAGGACGUCAAGAACUCCACUCGCAAGUUCCUGGAUGGUGACAACAUGACACUGGCUGACUGCAACCUUCUUCCCAAGUUGCACAUCGUCAAGGUGGUGACCAAGAAGUACAGAGGCUUUGACAUCCCCAAGGACAUGAUAGGUAUCUGGCAGUACCUGCAGAACGCCUACACACACGAGGAGUUCACCAACACCUGCCCCAGUGACAAAGAGAUCGAGAUCGCCUACCAAGACGUGGCCAAGAGGCUGAUCAAAUAGGCUCCCCCCCUUACACCCAACACUGGGACUGGUCUGUUUAGACAGGAGAAAGAAAACUAUGGACUACCUUUCCUUCUCUCCUAAUUUAGAGCAAACACAAUGCAUGAGCUCCUUUGUUCUUACUUUUCCCUUUUAUUUUUGGAGAUCUCUUGAGUACAUGAAGCAGCUCAGAAAGUUUACUGACGGUCCAUUGUUUAGAACUUUUUUUAGGUUUUCUCUUUGAUAUGAUGAUUUGAAUGGCGAUCUCCCAGAUCAGACGCAGGCUGGUGUGUAUCAGAGCUUAUCAGUGUUGGAGGGCAAUCUAAACACACUCCUUAUGAAGUGGCCUUCCGGCUGACCCUCUGUCUCCUCAUGGGAAUAUGGUCACAACCUGUGUUUUUCUAUUUUCAGUUCAGCUAUUCAAUAUUAAUUUGCUUUUUAGGCUUGCUAUGAAAGUGAAAAUUACAAAGCUGAAAUUGUGUUUUGUGUUUUGGCUACAGAGUUGAUUUAUGCAGUGUUGAAAGAUUCAGUGUUUUUGGCUCUAGAGGAUAAAUGAAGGCAGGUUUCACUGCAUGUAGACAGACGCUAGGCCAAACCACCGAGUUGGACAUACUGGUGCGAUAUGCUUCAUUUUACUGUUGCGCUGCUUAAGUCAAUUGCAACAACUAUAAUAGAAGUAAGGCUACAUGUUUUCCAUGCUCUGAUACCAUUUUCCUCCUUGACCUUAUGCUGAGCUCAGAUGUGUUUCUGAGAUGUACCUGUAGCAGGUGCUUGGAUGAGAUGUUUUCAGCUCAGGACAAUGGAACCUGAGAUUAAUGAAAUAUGUAGCAAUGAAAUAUUAGAUCAUAUCUAGCAGAAAAAAACAACCAUUUAUAGACUUCAUCACUCCAUUGCCUCACAUCACAGCUCCAUAUAGACACUGACACUCUGGGCAGUGAAGCUCUAUUUUACCAGAAAUAACAUCUGUUUUUUAUUUUCUCCUGUAAAGCAUGAAGGGACGUCUUUAGUUUGUGUUGUUCUGGCAGCAGUGGUAGCUUAUAUUAUACUUCAGCCACCAAAAAGGGCACAUUAAUUCUGGUCUCACUGUGGAUUGAAUGACUCCUGCUAUCUAAACUAGCGAAGUAUAAAAACCACACACUUUCUCUUUCUCCCAUAGAAUACAGAGGAACGGUGAUGUGCAGUCAGGCAUCAGGGAAGAUGACACUAAAGAUAUUUAUGAGAAAAGGAAUCGGGGAGAGGAGAAUGGUAAUAUAAUGAAUAUCAUGUAGGAUUUCAUUUUCUCAUUAUUUCAAAUGCUCUCAAAAGGUAGUGAAUGUAGUUUUCUUUCGUAGUUCCAAAAUGCUUUGGUGUGGAUAAAGCAGAAAUAUAUAUUGUUUUGUUUUUUAUCUCCUCGUGUUUUGCCGCCAUCUUUUCAGACAUUUGUUGUAAUACACAUUUCAUAAAAGGAGUUGUAAAUAUUUGUUUUGAUUAUUCAGAAUUCAAUGUGUACAUUUUGUACACUUAUUGGUUUGAUUUUGGGGAAAAUAGGCAUUUUUUACCUGCUUGGGUUUUAAUACUAGAAGACAUCUCCUUUGGCCUUUUUUGUUUUCUCCUGCGCAGAAGAUUUUCCAAAAUCACUGUAAUGACGUGUAUGUCAAUGUCAGAAGAAAAUAUCCUGAUUUUUUUUUAAAACAAUAUUGACUUCAUUGAAAUAAACCUCUUAUUGGCA